AUGCAAAGACAAAACAAAAAGGUUGGUGUGACGGAAGGAAAAGGGAAUUUGGCAGAAGUGAGAGGUCUCGGUGAACUUCCCAAAAGUACAAAACAGGUUUCUUACCUCGCAAGACGCCCUUCGUCUGAACAACAGCAAGGAAGUUCGUCCCAUAGGAAAGAUGCCUGGUAUGAUUUGCUCGUGGAAUGCAAAACACAAAGCCGUUUCCAGGAUACCGCGUUUCUUAGAGAAGUGAAAUGCGCACCAGGGCCUGCGUGUUUCCUAAGAAACAACCGUCAAAUUAAUGACAUUGCUCGUUUUCGUACAGAUCCAACGGAGUUCCAACCACUCUACGUGGACGCAACCUUCAACUUAGGACAAUUUAAUGUUACCAUUAUUUCCUACAAGCAUCUCCUGUUGGAGAAUCGCCGAGAUGGCAAACACCCUACCCUCGUUGGUCCGGUGCUUGUACAUCAUAGAAAAACUAGUCAGUCAUACAAGUACCUUUGCACUAACUUGGCAUCCUUGAAUCCUGCCACAAAAAAUCUUUUGGCGUACGGUAACGAUGAUGAGAUAGCGUUAAUCGAGGCGUUUGAGGAAACUUCGACUGUGCUAUUCAUUUAUUGUGCGAGAGGCACAUGCGAAACACCCUCAAUGCGAAGUUUGAGGCCCUCUCAGUUCCUUCGGCCUACCAAGCACAGUUUCUCCAGGAUACCUUUGGUGGAGCACGUGACGGGGAGUAUAUGCCUGGACUGGUUGACUGUAGAGAGGUAGAGGAAUUUCAAUGCCGUCUGGAAGCCCUGGAGGAGAAAUGGAGUCAAGCUGGAGAGCCGGGUAAAGAGGCCUAUUGCUGGUUUGUGAAAAACAAAGCGCAGAAAGUUUUUUGUCCUCUUGGUGCUGGUGUAAGAGAGCAAGCCGGCUUAGGACGACCACCUGCACGAUUUACAACCAACCCAUCUGAGGGCAAUAAUAAAGUUGUUCAAGAUUUUAUUCAUAAAGACACAAAGAAGACACGCGUUAGUGAAUUCGAGUUCGUCCAAUCACUACAGAAGCUGAUACAACGUCAAGAAAACGGCCUUGAGAUAGCAGUUAUCGACCAAGGGCCCUACCGGGUUCGAAACGCCUUCAAUCACAUCAUCACUUCCCCCGAUGACUGGCUGAAAAUGACGCCAAAUCAGCGGAAGAGAGCUUUGCAGAAGGUACAUGGGACGAAGAUCUCAGAAGCAAGCAAUGGUAAUCUGACUUAGAGGCCGCAGCCUGCAGAGGGCGCAAAAAAAAAAAAACAAUUCUUGAUCGUCUACUUCAAGAGGAAAUCGACUGGAUUCCCCUCUCCACCUUAACCGGAAUGACAGAGAAAGCCGAGAAAAUCCUCCAGGUUCCAGAACAGGUUAUUCCAAUUCCAAACUUAGAAGGAUCACUUCUCAUUCCAAGCAAGACUAACGCUCGGAACCCACACGUCGUAAGCGCGUACAGUACAAGCCGAAUUGUUUGUAAUUGCGUAAACAACAAAAGUCUGUCUAUUUGCUCACACUCCAUCGUCUAUGCAGAGCACCAGAAAGUACAGCCUAAGUUCUACAAUUGGUUUAAAAGGCUCAAGCGCAGUCAAGGUAGCAAUGCUAUCAAUUUUUCAAACCUCGUAUCAGCGGAUAUGCCUCGUGGAAGGGGUCGAAAGGGCGAGAGGCCUCCCCGAACGGUCAAGGCAACAGUUACUCACACCAACACUGGAAUGAAUUUCUCGGCCUCCACUUCACGGCAGCAGGAGCAGACCCAAGCAAGGCAGUAACCGUACGAAAUUUGGUCAAAGCAGCGGACACAAGUGAUAGCUUCACAGCAUCAUGUUGCAGGUCAACACCAGCACGCAGUAGCUUCACAGCAUCAUGUAACAGGUCAACACCAGCACGCAGUAGCUUCACAGCAUCAUGUGCAGGUCAACACCAGCACGCAGUAGCUUCACAGCAUCAUGUUGCAGGUCAACACCAGCAUGCAGUAGCUUCACAGCAUCAUGUUGCAGGUCAACACCAGCAUGCAGUAGCUUCACAGCCUCAGGUAGCAGGUCAACACCAACAGCCAGUCUCUCCACAGCAUCAGGUAGCAGUUCUACACCUACAAGCAGGAGGACCACACCAGCGGGCAGCUUUACCACAGCCAUACCAUAACAUAAAUCCAUUUCUGCUAGAGUUCCGACAUGGAAAUAUUCGUAAA